AGCAAUCCCCGUGUGUACUCGACGCGCACAGCCGGCCACACCCACACCCAGGUAGGUCGGCAACACAAAGCCGUGCCGUUUGCACCGCCUCGUAUCGUGUCGUAUCUCCUCUUCAUCGCGGUGUCACUCAAAAUCAGUUGUGCGUGUGUCGUCUAGCGCACAUCACCGUGCGCCUACCCAGUGCGUGUAUAAAGAAGGCCUCCCGCUUCUGCCCACAUGGAGUCAUCUAUGCUGCGCACAGCUCGCCCCAAGAAACAGUGGAUCUCCAGUUUCAAGAGCCUUAAGCUUCUCGUUUCUAUACAAGAAGCUUUUCGUCAAGGAGAAGCAAACCCCGGAUCGCUCCUGGGUCCGACCAACUGAAGCCUGUGCUCGAUUGAGGAGGUGGUCGCGUCGUCGUCGUCAGACAUCUCGAUCGUCGCUUGAGAAUGUUGCGGCAACGAUGGCAGGGAUGCUUGCUUCUGCUCGCGGUUCUUCUCUCGAGCGCGUCAGGCAGCGCGAUCCUCCCGUCAAAGAAUUCGCCGUCAGACUUCGCGAAGAUCGUCCAGUCUAAGCAGACCAAGCAAGCGCGGGUAUGCAGCGGUGCAGACCACCGGCUGCUGCGAUCCCUGGCCAACACCGGAGCGGAGAUCAUGCUGACAAUCCCCAACGAGCAGCUGCAGCACAUCGCCGAGUUCCGGGAAGAGGCCGAGCUCUGGGUCGCCACGAACGUCGUGCCGUUCCUCCCAGCGACCAGGAUCACUCACGUCCUGGCCGGCAGCGACGUCCUGGCCAGCUCCUCCGAGGACGCCGCGUACUCGCUGGUUCCCGCUAUGCUGAACCUCCACACCGCGCUCGUCGCCGCCCGCCUCGACGGCCGCGUCAGGGUGUCCACCGCGCUGUCCGGGGUUCCGCUCGCAGUCGUUCAGUCGGCCGUCACGGGGCAGCUUCUGCGGUUCAUGAGGGAUACCGGCUCGCCGUUCUUUCUGAAGGCUGCUAAUCCCUCAGAGGCUACCGAUGCCAGAGUCGACGAUGUUUACGCCGCCAUGCGCGCGCUGGGGUUCUCGAGUGGCAUCCCGGUGAUCGCGGCGGAAGCGGGGGAGGAGGAACUCGGCGGCGGAGGCGCGGAGCUGGUGUACCACAGCUACAUGUACGCAGGCCGCCGUGGCGCGCGGCGGUCGCUGGCGACGGGGACGUUCUGCGUGGCGCUCCAGAACGCGGACCCGACGGCGCUGCAGGCGGGGCUGAGCUGGGCGUGCGGGCAGGGCCACGCCGACUGCUCCACGAUACAGCCCGGCGGGGCCUGCUACAAGCAGAACGACGUGGCGGCGCUGGCCUCCUACGCCUACAAUGACUACUACCAGAAGAACGCCAACACCGGCGCCACCUGCUCCUUCAAUGGCACCGCCACCACUACUGCCACCGAUCCCAGUUCGGGAUCGUGCGUCUUCGCGGGAAGCUCGACGGCAGGAGGCUCCAACUCGAGCGUGCCGAGCGCCAGCCCUCCGACGAGCCUCACUCCUCCGUCAGGUCUCACUCCUCCGUUCGGCUCCAGCCCUCCUUCCGACUUCGGGCCUCCGGGAGCCGGCACAACUCCUCCGUCCGCCUUUGGCCCGCCAUCUGGCUUCGGCCCGCCAUCUGGUUUCGGUCCCCCGUCUUCAUUCGGUCCACCGGGGAUCGGGACAUUCGGCCCGAGCGGCACGCUCGAUCCUUACGGCAGCGGCUGCCGGCAGGUCGCGUCUCUGGCUGCCUCGGCUCUUCUCUCCGCCGUUGUUCUUGGCCUUCUUCUCGGAUCGCCCAAUGCAAUGUAA